GUUUUACAUCGCUUUAUGACCCUUGUUCAAAUACUUCUGCCUACUCCUGUUUCCUUCUUAACACCUUCAUAUUCUGCGUGAUGCGACCAGCUCCGCCCAAAUCUAACGACUGCUUUUAUUGAAGGUUCCCCCUCGCCUGUUUGCGCCCAGGAUCAGUAGCCUACCUAUCAUUCUAUAAGUACUUGGCACCAAUCAACGCUGAUUCUCACAUAGAAAACCCCAUCUAAAAACCUAUUCAAAACCCACAACAGAAUCAUCUUCAUUGUCACCUAGGCUUUCGCGAUGCAGUUCGGAAAUCUAUCUAUCUUGUUCGCCAGCAUUAUUAUGCUCAUGGGCCCCGCUGCCUAUGUGGGAGCAUUCCCAUGUCCUGAAGGCCUCAGCCCAUUCUACGUAAUCAACUUUGCACCUCACGCCAAACCGGACGGAAGGCUCAUUCGUGCGAUCAAGCCGAACGACCAGGAACUGGUGGACUCAAAAGCUUGCUGCAAGGUUGAUCAAACCUGUUUGCCCGAUCCAUAUGAGCCUGGACACUACUCACUUACCAUCCCGCAAUACAAGAAGGCCUGUCCCCUUGGAAAAUAAUCGUCGGUGGUCAUCGAGUCCCAACAAACCAAUCAAACGAAGGCCCAAUAUCUGUUAUCAAUAGUUGAUCCUAUUUUCUUGUCAUGGGGUCUCGAGAAUGAUCUCCGUGUCAACUGAAAAAUUUGUCAACAGAUCCUACUGCUUAACAACUUCACCAUCUAUUUUGCUAGUCCGCUCUUGCUUUUUGCGCGUUCUAUGCUCUUUCUUACAAACGAUUCCACAAUGGAUUCCUGAGCCAUCUGUAAUCCUACUGUUAGUAUGCAGAAGAGGUUGGGCUGUUCCACGUAUGUCUCUAUAUGUCAGAUUUGAUGUGAUCCCAGGUUUCCUGUGGA